AUGGUUUUGCAGUUAGCUUUACCUGGUUAUAGUGCAAGUAGUAUACAUUCGGAUAACCAGUUCUUUGGUACCACAUCUUUGGAUGAUAUUUUGGGCUACGGCCACCGAAAAGACAGGUCAUGUCACCCGAGGGGCAGUUUCUGCAGCCUCGAGGACCUCUACUCACCGAAAGAAAGCCUCAGACCCGCCAAUGGAGUGCACAUCAAUCACGGUUUCAACGGCGAUCAGUCCGAACACGCGCGAGGCUUUAGCAACGGCAUCGUCUCGACGCCCCAAACGCCCGCCUUGUCUACGAAUACGACGCUCCAUUCGUAUAAGUCUACGACGCCGGAGGAGAAAAACCGGGUUUUCUGAGAAACAAUUCAAGCUUUGUCCAAUCACAGCCACAAUCAUGAGAAUAAAAUGAAAGAGAUGGAAAUGCUUGCAAAAAUGCCUCAAAUGAAUUUUUUAAGUGAUCAACCUACAGCGUCUGCAUUAACAACUUACAACAAAAGAGGGGCUCAAGUUUUAACCAAGUACUUAAACUCGACCCUUAGAAGAUUUACAGAGGUGUGCGAUUUAGAUAAAGGAAUGCGAAAAAUUUAUCAAAAUUAUUCUCCUUAUUUAUAUCCAUUUAGUGUCGAAUACAGCAUCUUAGUGGUGGGUGUUUUGUAUAUUAUAUGGCAAAAUAUAAACGUAUGUGGAGGCCAACAAGAAGAAUCUUUUAGUUUUAAAUGUAAAGAAAAUCCAGAAGAUACCGAAAAAAUGGAAAGCAACAUUGUAGUUUACGCAGAUUUUCACUCAGCAAAUAAAGGAUUAUUCUGUGGACUUGCUGUUAUGUUACUAUCUGUUGUUGGAAUCAUAUUAUUUAUGAUAACAUUAUCUUCAACGGAUAAUUUUGAGUUGGCAACCAAAAUCCAUCUGUGGAACGUAAUGUUCCUGGUGACACUUAUGUUAAUUAGUAGCAUUCUAGCUUACCGGCAGUUAACAAAAUUAGACAUUAAUCAACAUUACCGCAGUUUAUUGGAUGAUAUAUUUCUAAUUAUAUGUAUACCUGCAUUUUUUCUCAAUGGAAUUUUUACAAUUAUUCCAGCAGCAUACGAUAGGAAUAUUAUGUCUGUUAUAUUUUCUAUUGUGGAGGUUAUACAAGUAUUGGUUCAAAGUCCUCUUAUAAUAGAUGGGCUUCGUAGAUGUAGCAAAAGUCGAACUCUUCGCAAGCAAAAACCUGGAAGGGAACUGGUUACAUUCCUUAUAGUCUGCAAUGUGGCUUCCUGGAUUUCGCAGACCUUCGAGGUAGAAUCGCAUGGUAUUUUGGACCAUAGAGACCAGUUUUACGGAGAAGAAUUAUGGACCAUAUUGGGACACUUGUGCAUACCUCUAAUGAUGUUUUAUAGGUUUCAUUCCAGUGUUUGUUUGGUCGACAUUUGGAAGUAUGCUUAUGAAGCACCUCACAAUGAAGAACAAGAGUUUAGUCCUAUACCCAAUAAAUGA